AGCGCUCGCUUUGGUAUCAGAAGGUAAGCAUAUCCUACGUCACCGCCAAGUUUAUCCGUAAAUACGCCUCGAGGCGCGUUACGUUGAUCUCGGCAACCGGAGGUGCCUGCCUGCCAUUCCCCACAUGUUUCUUUCUCUCAUCCUCCUUGUACUUUUGGGCAACGCGCCAUUCCUUUGUUCACUUCUUUACGACCGAAACGACCUCACUACGGCACAUUCACUCGCGCUAAGCCAUCUCCACCAUAUCAUGUCCGGUGGAGACGCAGCCCAUGCCACACCAGAACCUCCCGAUGUCAACAGCACAGAAAUUGAGCGGACCAAAGGCAGGCAUAUCAAGAAGGACGAUCGGGUGCAUACACAAAUGUACCUCGCUCGAGCACGGAUUGAAGGAAUUGAGAAGUGGAGAGCGGCCGUGGACGCAGCGCUGCAGGCAGCCGAGGAAGAACGGGCGGAGUUUGAGGAAACGAAUAGGAAACGGCGGAGAAUCGAGGAAGAUGCGUGGGGUGCUCUUGAAGAGACGCAAAACAACGAAAUAGAGAUUAUGACGCAGGACGUCCAAGUUGAGCAUACUGACGCGGUGGGAGGUACAAAGCAGAAGCGCCGAAGUAGGCGACAUGAGCUCUGGAAGGGCCUCCGAAACAUGUUCUUUAAUAUUAUCUUCUAGCCACGUCCAUCGUUUGGUUUCUUAUCGUUGGUAUUUGUAAUAGCACGAUUAUGGUGUUCUGGGAAGCAUAGUGGGUGGAUGGCGGCCGGGUGAUGAAUGAAGACGAUAGCAAGCGAUCACGAGACGGAAAUCGCCAUCGCUACCGUCCUUGUCCGAGCUGGACUGAUGCUCAUUCCACCAAAGGACGCGCCCAAUCCAUCGUCGUCUGACUCUCCGCGUUUCGAGGCAGUGAUGGGUAUGCUCGAGCCACCUCGUGCAUGUUCCCAGUCAUCAGCUAUCGGGCCCUCCUCUAUCAGAUCAUCCUCAUCCUCG